AUGGGGGAUAACGCUUUAACGCACAUUACUAUAUACGUGAAAAAUGAAUUUAGUAUAAAUGACACCGAUAAAUACAUACCCUCAUAUGAAAUUUCAGAGGAUUCAGAUGAUCAAGUCAUUGUUUCGGACCGUAUUUUUCCCGAAGCAUUUCAAGAAUGGGCUCGAGACGGUGGACAUAUAGUCCAGGUACAACCUUGGGAUAUACGUACACGCGUGGAAGCACUUCACAACGAACAAUGUAUAACACCGUACGUCGAGUCUAAAAUGAUAAGAAUAGCAGAGCAUAUUGAGAAAAACAUUGAUAAAUACGUAGGGGUGAUAGUUAUUUUUUAAAAAGAUGCCCCGUCAAAAAACAACACAAAAACGACAAAGAUUUAUUUUAAACUUUCUAAAUAAAAUCUACGAGGCACCUCGCAAACAUAGAGGCACUCAAAGUAUUCGAAAAGCACAGCGUUGCGUUGCAGACACUUUAAAAAAGCAACAAUGCAAAAAACGUACCGCACACACUGAAAAAUGUUGGAUUCAUUUGGCCAAACAAAAUAAUUUACGUAUUAAACCGUCCAAUAUUAUUGGCGGCGGAAAAGGACUAUACUCGUGGAAGAAACAAAUUCCGCGCGGCAAUAAUAUUGGUAAAUUUACGGGACGCAUAACAACGAAAAAAGAAUUAGAUCAACUUUACGGCGACGUAACUGCAAAAUACGCAGUCUGCAAUCGUCGAGGACAAUGUAUCAAUUCAAACUAUACUACUGACGGGGCGCCACAGUUUGCUAACGACGCUCGUAAAACACCGUUUCGAAAUAACGCGCAAAUAAGAGGUCGGCAAAUAUUUCGCUUAAAAGCAAGUAAAACAAUUCCGCCACAUCAGGAAAUUUUCACAUCGUAUGGUCGGGAAUACUGGCGAUAAAUACUUAAUGAUACUUAGGUGACGCUAUCAGUUUCAACAUGGCACGAACAAAGCUACCUGACCUUAAUGCUACGCCGCAUCUUAAAAAAAGAACAGCUGCCGUACGCAAAAAACAACUGCAAAUGCGUCAAACGUUAUCAAACCCAAGAGCUUUUCUACAGCAAUUUGGAAAACGCUUUUUAAAUGAAAAGAAGAAAGCCGUAAAAAGAAAAGUGGUCAAACGAGUACAAGAUACCGAUCGUGUUUUGUUUGGAACACAGCGUGGUGGGCAAAUUCAACAAACAAACAGAAAGACACAUAAUAAAAUACCUGUACAAUAUCAAUAUUAUCAAUAA